AAAACAGUGUGUGUUUUAGUGGCAAAACUCGCCGUAAACUCAUUGUCAGCGUAUUUAGCGUUCAUAUAAGUGUUGUGACAAACGGUUUCUCGCAGUCAUUCACAUCACCGCCGAAGCAGACAAUGGUACUGAAGAAGUUGGACAACCGGCUGAAGGUGUUGAUCGAGAAUGGCAUCCAAUUGGGCCACCGAUCCAUGUUUGUGAUCGUCGGCCGCAAAGCCAAGGAUCAGGUGGUGAUACUGCACGAAAUGCUGUCCAAAUGUCUGGUGCGGGCGCGACCGUCGGUCUUGUGGUGCUAUAAGAAAGAGCUCGGAUUCUCCACGCACCGCAAGAAGCGUAUGCGACAACUGAACAAACGGAUGAAAUCGGGCGCCGAUUUGGACAACGAGGAGGACCUGUUCCUGACAUUCGUGGCGCAGACGAGCAUCCGGUACUGCUAUUAC